AUGCUCCGUCGUGCAACCAUACUGUGGAUUGGCGCUGAAGGCAAUAUCUUCAUGUCUGCCGUUCAUGAUAAGACCUAUCUACAGCAUAGACUCGCACUGCUCGGGAAGGCAGAUCCCAACUGCCAGCAGCCCCUCUCAGAGGAAACGGUACGACGCUUCACUACAUCCAUUGGCAGUCCAGAGUCCCUAUUCAACAAGGCCGCAGGUGCAGAGCCAUCAAAUAUCGUGGAUGAAGAGACGGGUGUUCCCAUCGGCAGUACACAAUUGAAUCCAACACGAUAUGGAGAUUGGGAAAGCAACGGCCGCUGUCAUGACUUUUAA